UGCCACCAUAGAGAGCCCACAUUUGGUGACCAGCUGGUGCCAAGACCCACGUCGCAGGGGAUGCUGUAAACAGUGCUUUUGUCCCCAUCAUUUUCUCUCCCCCCCUGCUUCUUUUUAUUUUAUCCCACUCCCCUCCAAAAAGAGAGAGAGAGAGAGUGCUGUUUUCUCUCCUUUUGCUCAAUCUGCGCUUGGCAGCCGGAGAACUGUCAGCCGCCUGAAUGAUCUGAUUCUUCCCUUGCGCCAAUUUAUUCCUGGCCAGAUGCAGUGGAUUCUGUUCCUGUUGCUGUUAUUCGUAAACUCCAUGGAAAUGCUCGCUCAAGCCAGGAGGAAGAAACGAGUAAGCACCACGUUGUUUGAGAACUGCACCGGGUGUGUCAUGUGUUCGGAGGACAACGGAUGCAUCUCCUGCCAGCAGAGGCUCUUCCUGCUCAUCUGGAGGGACGGGAUCCGGCAGUACGGUGCCUGCGUCCACGCCUGUCCACCGGGAUACUUUGGGGUGCGAGGCCAAGAGGUCAACCGUUGCAUUAAGUGCAGGUCGCCCAGCUGCGACAGCUGCUUCAGCAAAGACUUCUGCAUGAGAUGCAAAGAGCAAUUCUACCUGCACAAAGGCAAAUGCUUCAGUUCGUGUCCCCAGGACACUGUGGUCCAGCACAGCACCCGGGAAUGCCAAGAAAAGUGUGAGGUGGGUCCCUGGGGCAGCUGGAGCCCCUGCAACAACCAAGGGCGGACGUGCGGCUCCAAGUGGGGCUCGACGACCCGGGUCCGCGAGGUCCUCAGGCCCAGCAAAGAUGAUGCGGCCGCGUGCCAGACGCUCUCCGAGUCCAGGAAGUGCCGCUUGAAGAAGAUCUGCCCAGGAGAGAAGAAGGAAAACAAAAAGAACGGAAAAAGGGAAAGAAAACAGAGGAGGAAGAAAAAGCUGGAAUCUCUCAUGGUUAUUUAAUCGCCGUCAGAUCAAGUGGAAAUGUCAGGGAGGGGAGCAGUACAUGAGGCAGUCCAGCAGGGGGCAUCCUAGUGGACGGAAAAAAGACCUUCUUUCUCUGCCUCUGCGAGGUUCCUUCCUCAUCUAUUUUUGCAUUGUUGUUGUUUUUCCAUCUUUUCCAUCCAGAUCACGUUGCACAAUCCUUCUUUCGAGAAAGAGAGAAAAGGAAGCAUUUGCGGCCUGUCAGAUGUUUCCCCUUUAGAGGUCCUAAUUUGUUGCCACACACACACAUCUCCCUCCUCACCCUCAGAUUGCCGGGAUGUUCAUGAAGCGGCACAGACAGUAUGGAAAAGAACGCUGGGGCCGUACGGCAUUGUGUCGCUGACACUCCCUGCACAGCCUUCGUUGAACUGGAAAGGCACCCCAGAGGGAUUCAGAGAAGAGCAAAGAAGGAGGACGUCUCCCAAAGGAUGGAAAGAGGCUGUCAUUCAAAGGUGGAGCACCUGUUUGGGGCUGGGAAAGCCCUCUCGGCCUGAAGCCCCGGAGAGCUGCUGCUGGUCAGUGUAGACAAGCUGAGCUAGAUGGACCAAUGGCCUGACUUGGUAUGAGGCAGAUUCUUUUAUGUUCCAGAGGCGGCAAGGCACCCUGACUCAAAGGUCCGUGGCUUGUAGGCUUGUGUUUAUCUCCUUCCAAAGCAAUGCGAAUAUACCACAGAUGUUCACAAGUGGGUGGAAAACCAACUCUCCUGGCUUUCCCAAAUGGGCUGACCCAACUGCCUUGCACCCUUUGCCUGGGAGCAGGCGAGCUCACCUAGCAGAACUGAUGAACAGAAGAAGCUGGCCAGGAUCCGGCGUAUCUUUCCUCCUAAGAAGAGGCCGGAAAGACUUUAGAUGCGUUUGCUAGGCUGCCAUGCAAUGCUUCCCUCCUCUCUCUCUCCCGCCUCCCUUCCCCACUUGGAACCCAUAAAGGCAGGAUCCUCUCUGCACAGAUGCCAAAGCGGAUUGCCGGGAGUAUCUCUUGAUCUCCGCCUUCUUCGCGCAGGAGGAGUUGUGAUGGCUGGGCAGUUGACAGGGGCUCACUGAUGCUUGUGGAGAGUCCAGCAAGCCAAGCCCUAGACGUCCAGGUCCCCCUCUGUGCUGCUACUCCAGCACACUUUCGUUGGAGAGAGUCUUGCUGCAGCCAGGACGCAAGAUGCCUCCAUGUCAAAGAAGUCUUUGAAAGGCCUCCAGUGGUUUCUGUCCAUUCAGGCGACCAUGAGGGGUGCAUGAAUAUCCCCCCAAUGUUGUUCUUCCAUUUGUUUUUGGCAUUAAUAACACCACUCCUUUCGUUGUUUAUUGAAAUGGCAGUUGUUUUGUUAUUCACUUGCAAAAAAAUAUCCUUUCUUUUGCAGGCUUUCCUUCCUUUCCUCGUUUGCUGUGGCUUGGGCCCCAAAUUUGGAGCAGUGGCAAAAGAGCUUCAUUUCAUUGGCUGCAUCUUCCCAGCAACCCUUGCUUUAUUUUCCCAGAAUGCCCCUGGAUGUCGUGUCAUUCUGGAGCAAGGGGAGAGGAGUGUCAGGUACCAUUAAAUGACCUGGAAUGAUGCAACACCCAGGGCAUUCUGGGAAAAUAAAAUGUCUCCUGUUUCCACUGCCGGAACUUCACACAUACCCCUGAAUGACACACAAGGAAUGAGUGCCUAUGGCAGGGUUUCCCAAACUUAGGUCUCCAGCUGUUUUGAGACUACAACUCCCAUCACCUCUAGCUAGCAAGACCAGUGGUCAGGGAUGAUGGGAAUUGUAGUCCAAGAACAAUUGGAAACACAAGUUUGGGAAACCCUGGCCUGUGGGAUAUAAAUAAUGAACCUACCGUAGUUUUACCCACCCCUAUUGGUAUUUGCGAGGGUUGAACUGAAUUGGCUUAAUUUUGGUACAUUUUUAAAUUUGUUACGAAAUGAAUGCAUACCGAUGUACGGGGGGACGGGGAAGGAUUUGGGGUCUGAGCAAGCAGCACUCUAAGGCUACAGUCCGAAUGGCACUAUUCAAUGGGCCGGAUCCAGGCUAGGUUGGCUGAAGUUAGGGCUCAUUGAAAUCAAUGGGACAAGUUGGUUAUAACGACUUCAGGGGCGGAGGAAGGAGGGGCGGUGGGGGCGGACCCACCACUGAGGGGUGUGACAAAAUGCUAGGUGGCACUAGCCGCGGGACCUGCAGCGCACCCAAGCCGCAUGUCUCUCCUGGGAGUGAAACAGUAGCUUGGGCCCCCGCAGGCUCCGCGCUGCCCCAAACAGUCUGCCCACCGCCUCCCCCUCACCUGUAGGGCAGCUGAGUGUGAAAAGGCAGGCAGACUCCUCAGAGGCCCCAUGGAGUGUCUUGCCCCAGCUCGCCCCACCCCAUGGGCAACUAGUCCUGCCCCUGGGUGCAGGGUACGCACACCGCCCCUGGUGCCCAAUCGGCUUGCUCCGCCGCUGAACGACUUACAUCUCAUCAAUUUCAGUGGGAACUAAGGGCAACUAACUUCACCUGCAGCCGAACCAUCGGGGCUCACUUUGGAUUCGACAAACAUGGAAAGUUAAGGAAGGACAACUCUCUUGCCAGAGAACCCCUGGAAGUGACUCCAGCUCCUGAAAUGCCCCAGGACAGGGCCCAGAAGAGCAAUAACCCAGCCCAGUUUGUACAGGCAUAUCAUGAGGAUUUAUCCUGUAGUUGGAGCUGAGCCGUGUCUCUGCCUACCAUCUGCUACAAUGGUGUUGCAGAUUUUUCCAAGUCAAAAUUUUGAAGAGAGAGUGAGAGAGAGCGCAUUUGCUAAAUUAGUCCCAUAGCCGUAAUCCUUCCUGCUACAUGCUGAAUAUGAUCCUGGGUCCUAGGGUUGCAUUUCCCUGAAAAUAUAGUGGACACAACACACAGGAAGCUCUCCUGCAUGACCAGAACCUAGAGCAGCAAUGGUUUCCCACGAGGCCCAAACAGGGAGGAACUUCCCAGUGGAGAAAUCCUGUUAGUUCUACAGGAAAAACAAAGGAAGCAACAUUGCUCUAUAAGUGGCGAGGGAGGGCGACCUUUGAAGCCAGGAGCUGAGCAAGACCUUUAUUGGGAUAACUGAGCAAUACGUCACAAAAGUGGCGUGAGCUUUUGAGUUCCACAGGACUCUUCCUCAGCCUAGAGGUUGCAGGAAGUGAGGGGGGGCGUGAAAGGGAAAGGGGGGAAGUACAAAACAGCACCACAUUCAGCCCCCGAUUUGCAUCUUGGAACCGAGUCUGCAUAGUGACCUCGUGGAUAAGCAUCAGCUUAAUUUUUAUACUUAAUAAAGAAAUCCUCUCCCCCUUCCCACUUUAUGUUGUCCAACUGAGGGUUGUGGAAGGUCCAAAUUUACUCCCUUUAGGGUACUUUAUUUUAGUUACUUGCCUUUGAGAAAACUUGCACUGUAAGCCUACCUAGCUACAUUUCUUCAGCAAGAUGCAGAUUUUUUGAUAGGUUCCUGUGAUUCUGGAUGAAAGCAAAUGACAUUUUAUUGUUUCUAUAAAUAAUAAAUAAAUAUAUAUAUAUAAUAUAGAGAAUUU